AUGGAGGCAAGAAGAAACGAAAUUAUGAAUACGAAUUGUGAACUAUAUUCAGUAAGCUUUUGAAAAUUUAGGUGUUUUCGUAAAAAUGCUUUUUCAGACUAUUCAAUCGUUUCUACAAACUCAACAACAAACUCAAAAGUCUCUUGAAAAACUUGUCAAAAAUCAAAAAAGUAUGUUGAAUGAGGAAGUUUUUUUUUUGAAAAAAUGAUUUGUAUUUCAAUUUACAGAUAUCUCAUCACAUCUAAAUAAAUUAUCGCUUGCUAAGAAAACUUGCGAAGGUAUUUUUACAGUAAAAAAAAUAAUUUGUAGAAACGUGGUUUUUUUUUCAGCGUCAGAUGAUCAAAUCAAACCACCACAGAAUGUUUUAUUGAAGUUAAAGGUAGUCCUAAAAAUCAAUGUAAAAUUCAAAUUUGAUUUAUAUUUCCAGGAAAAAGAAACGAUUUCAUCAAUUUCGAAGAGACUUUGUGGAGAUGCAGACAAAAAAUGUGGUGCUAGAAAUAAGAAAAAAGAAAAAUUGGAGAAAGUCGACAAAGUUUGA